AAGGAAAAUCUUAAAUUAAAGAUAAGAAAGACAAGGAAAGAACCACACCCCUCUAUCCAAUCCCAUCCCAUGGCUACCAUGUUCUCCCCCUCCACCUUCUUCUCCACCACCACCAGCAACACCCCCAAUACCACCAUCACUUCUCCAAAACCACCUCAAACUCCACCACCAUCCAAAUCCCACCUCCCCAUCCCACCCUCCAAACCACUCCUAACUACCUUAACCACCGCAUUAACAGCCACCGCUGCCACGGCCGCCAUGCUAACCGCCACUCCACCCUCAUUAGCAGACUCCACAGCAGCAACAACUUACCAAGUCUACUACGGCACUGCCGCCAGCGCCUCCAACUAUGGCGGCUACGGUGGCAACUCUAACAAGAAAGACUCCGCCGAGUAUGUCUAUGACGUGCCAGAUGGUUGGAAAGAGCGUUUGGUAUCGAAAGUCGAAAAGGGUACAAAUGGAACUGAUAGCGAAUUUUAUAACCCGAAGAAGAAGUCAGAGAAAGAGUACUUGACGUUCCUUUCUGGGUUUAGGCAACUAGCACCAAAGGACUUGGUACUGAACAAUUUGGCUUUAUCAGAUGUGAACUUGCAGGACUUGCUAGCUAGCGCGGACAAUGUGAAGUCGGAGGAGAAGAAGGACGAGAAGGGACAAGUUUACUACGUGUAUGAAAUCGACGGCGUUGCCGCUCAUAGUUUGAUUUCAGUGACUUGUGCUCAGAACAAGCUCUAUGCUCAUUUUGUGAAUGCGCCUACGCCUGAGUGGAACCGUGACCAUGACAUGUUGAAGCAUGUUCAUGAGUCUUUUAAAACUAUUGGCUCCUUCUAGUUUGCGUUGAUGCCUUCUUUUUCUUCUAACAAUGUGGUUCUGCUGUGCACAUUUGAAAUACAAUAUAGAUUUCAAUUAUGAAAUAAAAAGACUUCUGAACCCACCUGUCCAUGUGCCUUCUCAUCUGCUUAUACAAUUUUAUAAGUGCUGGAGUUGGGGGAAAAGAGCCAAAGGAAUUUGAAGUAAAUCUUUUCAGAUUUUAUGUGGAUGGGUGGUUGUUAGAAUUUGGAAAUGAGAUUUGUAAAUGUAAGUGCUAUGAGUUAUGUGAGGCUUUACAUAUAUAGCUUAGCUUCUGCAUAUAUGAGAAACUCCCUGUUAAUCAUAUUCGUCUACUUCAACCAUUUUCGAACA